AUGACGUCGCUGAAAGGAUACACCACCGACAACGUCAAGGAUUUAACCCUUGGAACACGCCAAGUGGUGAUUGCUGCAGCUCGUCAGCAAUGCGCUAACACACAGGACUGGUAUUACGUCCAGUUGACUGGGAACGGCGGCAGUGGCGGCUCUACCAGUGGCGAUGAAGCCAAACCUGGCGAGCACGGAGCUGUUCUUGUCUUUCCAGUCACGUGGUCGGGCGAAAGACCGGCGGAACAUUCUUUUUUCUACACGGGAAGUGUCCAGACCUAUCGAGUUCCAAUUGACCAGUCUGCUCCUCAUCUUGCGCAUCGAAUUGUUGCUCUUGAUGUCUACCCCUGGGGCGCUGGGGGAGCUGGUGCGAGGUCGUCAAACGGAGCUUCAAGCGACUUGAGUAACGGCGGAGGAGGCGCCUUUGCACGUGGAGUUUUCCGUGUCAGUGCCGGUGAUGCUGUGGACAUUUUGGUUGGCGGUGGAGGCCUUCAAGACGGUCGGGGUGGGUUCAACGGCGGUGGAAACGGCGGCACAGGCGAUUUCCCAGGCGGCGGGGGCGGUGGCGCGUCUGAAGUGCGCGUGAAUGGACGAACAGCCGUCGUAGCUGCUGGAGGUGGCGAGACGAAUAUCAUUCCUCGAAUGUACCGGGAGACACGAGAGACUUCGAGGGACUCCCAGCGAGACAUGGACACCUCGACUGGGGCUUUGCUGCGAGUAGUGCAGACUACUCCGGUCCUAGCAACCUGGGAGGCACAGGGCGCCAACGCCAACAACGGCAGGGUGUGGGCGGGGGCCUGCAAGGUUCCUAUCGCUAUUCUCUUUGAAGGCACCGUGUCUGACAAACAGACCCUAGUGACAAUCAACCAGACUGUGUUCUCUGGAGCUGCAGCCCUUCGAAGGCGUGAAGCUAACACACAGGACUGGUACUACGUCCAGUUGACUGGGAACGGCGGCAGUGGCGGCUCUACCAGUGGCGAUGAAGCCAAAUCUGGCGAGCACGGAGCUGUUCUUGUCUUUCCAGUCACGUGGUCGGGCGAAAGACCGGCGGAACAUUCUUUUUUCUACACGGGAAGUGUCCAGACCUAUCGAGUUCCAAUUGACCAGUCUGCUCCUCAUCUUGCGCAUCGAAUUGUUGCUCUUGAUGUCUACGCUUGGGGCGCUGGGGGAGCUGGUGCGAGGUCUUCAAACGGAGCUUCAAGCGACUUGAGUAACGGCGGAGGAGGCGCCUUUGCACGUGGAGUUUUCCGUGUCAGUGCCGGUGAUGCUGUGGACAUUUUAGUUGGCGGUGGAGGCCUUCAAGACGGUCGUGGUGGGUUCAACGGCGGUGGAAACGGCGGCACAGGCGAUUUCCCAGGCGGCGGAGGCGGUGGCGCGUCUGAAGUGCGCGUGAAUGGACGAACAGCCGUCGUAGCUGCUGGAGGUGGCGGUGCGGGCUCGACGGAUUACUGUUGUGCCCAUGGAGGAGGCGGCGGUGGCUUGGAUGAAGCAGAGUCUGGUCUUGCACCGGAUGCAACAUCCGGUGCAGCGAUCCCACUCGACUCACGUGUGACUGGACAAGCAGCUAGAGACGAAUAUCAUUCCUCGAAUGUACCGGGAGACACGAGAGACUUCGAGGGACUCCCAGCGAGACAUGGACACCUCGACUGGGGCUUUGCUGCGAGUAGUGCAGACUACUCCGUUCUAGCAACUGGAGGCACAGGCGCCACGCCAACAACGGCAGGUGUGGCGGGGACUGCAGGUUCCUAUCGCUAUUCUCUUGAAGGCACGUGUCUGUUGAACCCGCAGACAUCUCUGGUGGACGUCGCCGUGUCUCCGUUGACAGCAUCGCAUUGGCCUUCGAAUGGUCGAAAUGGAAGUGGCGGGAGUGGACAGAGUGGCAAACAAGCGGGUGGAGGCGGAGGUGGAGGGUUCUUCGGUGGCGGAGGAGGAGGCGCAGGUGUUGACGGAGCUGGAGGCGGUGGAGGCAGCAGCUUCGUCUCCUUUAGAGACCUGUUUAAUUCGUCCAAAUCUGGGAUUAGUGACGCUAGUCUGCGAGCACGAGUGAGUGACGAGACCGUAGACAAGCUCCAAGUGACUCCACUGACAUCCUCGAGCGUCAAAGUGAGCUGGAAAGCUCCUCGUUUUGGCUUCUCCCAGCUCGUGGAAGGAUUCGUGAUCGAGAUGGCCAAUCGCUCCGUCAAUGAGGACUUUCGUCUUGUACGUUUGGUCACUCUUUACACCCCCAGUGUGGCGCUCGGUGUCGCGCCAACUGCUCGAUGGACGCAACUUGCGUCUCUGACCGACAGAGAAAGCCCCAGUAUCGCUGAGAGGAGAGUUCAUGCAGGACGAACGACGUUGCUGACUCCGUUUGAGUUGAUGGCUGUCGGGCGUGGACUCAAGUCUCCUCGACGAGCGUCUCUCGGGUCCAGGACGGCGAUGGCAGCUUCUCGCUUCGAGUCGCAACUGGACGUUCGUUUGAAGCGUCUCGAAGAUCUGAUCGACGGAUGGAGAGCUGUCGCUACUGCAUCUGGAGAGGAUGAGAGCGCUCUUGACGAACAGCGUCCUGUGCCUCGGUACUGGGCUGCUAGCGCCUUUGUUUCCUCACUGCCAGGCAGUAAGGUGCCGCGUGUAUUCCUGUUCGGCGGCCAAGAUGACACGACGCUGCUGGACGAUUUUUGGAGUCUGGAACUGGCUCAGCUAGAUGAGGAUUUCCCUCAAGAUCGUCGAAAGAGUCAACGGAUCAGAGCGUGGGCCAGUAUUGAAAGCUUCAACUUGGAGAGGAUACCCACAUUUGGCGGUGAGCAAGCUGGUACCAGCGAAUUGCGGAUGGGCUAUCCAGUGAGUUGUUAUCAAUUGAGUGGCAUGCAUCCAGUCACUCACGUGAAGGUCGUGCGCAGCUCCAACAAGUUCAAGGCCUACAAGAAGCUCGAGCCCAGCUUGUCCCGGCGGGCAUCUGGCACCGGGUCCGACUACUUGAUUGCUGUCGAGACUCCAGACGAUAUUCAUAUUCAUGUGUCUACACUGUCCUGA